CUCUCUCAAUACUCCAAUCCAAUCUUUCUAACAAGGCUAGAGUUGAUCAACACUACUGAUGGGUUCAUCUCCAACUCCAAUUUCUCCCAGAAAACUCCGGUCUGAUCUCUAUUCCUUCUCAUACCAAGAUGACUCGAACACCCCAUUAGUGAUUUCAGUUCUUGCUUCCCUCCUUGAAAGAACCUUAGCAAGGAAUGAGAGGAUUACAAGAAAAUGUACAUGGGCAUUGUCCAAAGCUUCUCCAGCUCAUGUUUUCGAUUGCUAUGAAGUCCCAGACAUGACAAUUCAGUCAUAUCUCGAGCGAAUUUUCCGGUAUACUCGCGCCGGUCCACCGGUUUAUGUUGUUGCCUAUGUCUAUAUUGAUCGUUUAUUGCAGAUUCUCCCUGAGUUCAGAAUCACUUACAGUAAUGUUCAUAGGCUUCUUAUUACUACAAUUAUGGUGGCUUCAAAGUUUGUAGAGGACAUGAAUUAUAGGAAUUCUUAUUUUGCAAAGGUUGGUGGAUUAACAACGAAAGAUAUGAACAAAUUAGAGAUUGAUUUUCUGUUCUUGAUGGGUUUUAAGUUACAUGUUAAUGUAAGUGUGUUUGAGAGUUACUGUUGUCAUUUAGAGAGAGAAGUAAGCUUAGGAGGAGGAUAUCAAAUAGAGAGAACUCUAAGGUUUAUGUGUGGUGAAGAAAUCAAAUCCAAGCAAAGAGAAGAAAAUGACUUCAAUCAGCUCACUCGUGUGGUUGGAUGCAGUUCACAUUAGAAAGUUUUUCAGAAAAAAAAAAGGGUUUUGUAUAUAUACUACAGAGAGUUGCUGCCUUAGCUUGAGAAAGCUUCUUUAGUGCUAGUAGCUCUUUUGUGUCCAUAAAUGUGAUUUUUCUUCAAGAAUAUUAUAAAAUGUAACCAAAACUGUUAGUAUUCAUUAAUGGAUAUUUGCAAGGAAAUGGGUACUUGUGUGAA